AUGUACCUGUCGCCGUCAAGAGCAAAGUCAACACUCUUUGUCCUGUUUGCUAUUGGCAUUUCAGGAACAACUGCUGCUUUUGCUACGCCCUCCAAAUCAAUCGUGGGAUCAUUGCCCCAAAGAGUUGUAUCAAUCACUCGACAAUCUGCUGACAACAACAAUCCCUUUUCAGAAAAGGAAGCAAUUGAAUCAACUGCAGAUGGGAUUCCUCGAGGGGGUGCAAACAUAAACAAACCACCACCAAAGCUUCCAUCGUUCUCCACGUAUCGUAAAUUUGCUCUUCCUUGUUUGGGUCUCUGGGUUGCGCAACCACUUCUGAGUUUAAUUGACACAUCCUUUGUAGGCCUAUCGGGAGACAAGGCUACUUCUGCUCAACAACUGGCGGCACUUGGGCCGGCUACAACAUUCAUAGACGGAUCAGUCUACUUGUUUGCGUUUCUUAACGUUGCUGCAACCAACAUUUAUUCGACGGCAAGAGCACAACAAGGAGAGCAGUCUGAUAAAGCAGAGAGUGUGGUUAGAACAGCAUCACGAGUUGCUCUCAGAUCUGGGAUCGGGCUGCUACUGUUUUUGCUCGCGUUUGCUCGCCCUCUGUUGUCUCUCUAUAUUGGUCACGGAGCGGAUAACAGUCCUGACCUUUUGGACUCAGCCGUCGAUUAUGUGAAUAUCAGAGCCCUGUCGAUGCCAACAUCUCUGCUCUCGGGCGUUAUCCAGGCCGCUUGCCUCGGCGCUAAAGAUUCUGUUACACCUCUCAUAGCGAUAGUGUAUUCUACCGCCGUUAAUGUUGUCGGCGAUUUUUUGCUCGUCAAUAAACUUGGCAUGGGUCUCCGUGGUGCUGCAAUUGCGACGACUUUGGCGCAGUGGGCCGCUACUGCUGCACUCUUGGGUCCCGCCAGGAAGCGUCUUGUCAGAGAUCGAUCUUUGGGACUGUGGAAAAAGCCAGAGUCGAAAGCUGAUACUGUCUCGGCCAAAACGUUCCUCGGCUUUGCGGCGCCUGUCCUGACUUUAAUUAUGGGCAAACUUGCAGCGUUUGGAUUCAUGACACACGCGGCAGCUGCUAUUCCUGGGCAACCGACGCCACUUGCCUCUCACCAAAUCAUCCUUUCUCUGUUCUUCUUCGCAAGUCCAUUUAUGGAAGUUAUCAGUCAAACAGCACAGACAUUCAUUCCAGGAUAUUUGGCUCCCGUAGCUGAUCACAUAAGCAAACGUAAAGAAAUCGAUCCAAGCUAUGAUUCGACAAAAGAUAGCCUUGUGAAACCAUGGAAUCAAGCUGCGUUUGAUGUUGGAAACUCGUUACUGAAAAUCGGCUUUUCUGUUGGAGUCGUGAUUGCAUCCUUAGCAGGUAUGGUUCCUGCCUUCCGCGGUGGUUUAUUGACAUCUGAUGCAACUGUUCAAGAGGCAGUGAAGCCACUUGCCAAGUACUUGCUUGCAGGAGCCUUCUUGACUGCCCCUGUUGCAGUUUCUGAGGGAAUUUUGCUCGCCAAACGAGAACUCAAAUACCUCGCUUCAAUCUACCUAAUAAGCACAGCUUUGUUGCCAUCAGCCCUUGUUAGGGUCAAGGUGAUUGGAGGUAAUGUUGAACAAGUGUGGGCUUGCUUUGCUGUGUUUCAACUAUUCCGUGCAACUUGUUUCGGUGGCAAGAUUUGGCUCCCGUCUCUCUUGAGAAAGGUCAAUGGUAUGCUGUCUCAUUCAAAGAAAAAGCCAGCCAUGAAAUGA